AUGGAGGAGGCUGAUAAGCUCCCUGUUCCUGUGUCUCUAUCUCCUGACAGCCUGUGGUUCUCCUGGAGAAGAACCUGGGCCAUCAUUUUCCUGCCACUGAUCUCAGCAGGACUCGCUCCCCGCCCGAAACUGAGAGGGAAUCUCCCGUCCCAAACAACACCGUCAUCUCCUGCCACUCAUGCCAGAUAUAACUGGCCUCAUUUGAGCCCCCUGGACCUGAAGAACCGAUCUGUGGGCCUUGGCACUGAAAACCCAAGCACAGGUCACGCACACUUCACCCUGGAUGGUCACAAGUUUCAUAUCUUCGGUGGCUCCAUCCACUACUUCCGGGUUCCCAGAGAGUACUGGAGGGACCGCUUGCUGAAGCUGAAGGCCUGUGGCUUCAACACUGUCACCACGUACAUUCCUUGGAACCUCCACGAGCCAGAAGAAGGCAAAUUUGACUUUUCUGGGAAUCUGGACCUAAAAGCCUUUGUGAUGACAGCAGGGGAGAUUGGGCUGUGGGUGAUUCUUCGUCCAGGCCCCUACAUCUGUGCUGAGGUUGACCUUGGAGGCUUGCCCAGCCGUCUACUGCGAGAUCCCAAGCCCCAACUGCGGACGACUGAAAGAGGCUUUAUUGACGCAGUUGACAGGUAUUUUGAUCAUCUGGUUCCACGAAUGAUUCCUCUUCAGUAUCUCUAUGGAGGCCCUGUCAUUGCGUUUCAAGUAGAGAAUGAAUAUGGCUCAUUUGAUAAGGAUAAGCGUUAUAUGCCUUACCUUUACGAGGCUCUAGUGAAAAGAGGGAUUGUGGAGCUGCUCUUGACCUCCGACAAUGAGAAUGAAGUGCUGAAAGGCACCACCGAAGGAGCAUUAGCCACUGUCAAUCUGAGAGAAAUUCGUGACAAUUCCUUUGAUCAGCUUCAACUUGUGCAGAAACAUAAACCCAUUCUCAUUAUGGAAUACUGGGUCGGCUGGUACAAGAAAUGGGGAGAUGAGCAGUCUCUUCCAAGGGAGAAAGAGGUUGAGACAACAGUGUCGGAAUUCCUCAAGCUCGAGUUGUCCUUCAAUGCAUACAUGUUCCAUGGUGGGACCAACUUUGGCUUCAUGAAUGGUGCUGCAUAUGUUGACGAUAGGCACAGGGACUAUGAUGCUGUGCUGACAGAGGCUGGAGACUACACAGAGAAAUAUUUCAUCCUUCGAGAACUCCUUGGAUCUGUCUCAGAAACUCCACUGCCCCCACUACCUGAGAAUAAGCCCAAGGCUGUGUAUCCUUCUGUGACAGUACUAUACUGCUUGCCCCUGUGGGAAAUUCUCCCAUUCUUAAAUGCUCCGGUCAAAUCAAAGAUCCCAGUCAGUAUGGAGAAUCUUCCUAUAAACAAUGGAAGUGGACAGUCCUAUGGAUUCAUCCUCUACGAGACUCCCGUCUGCACUGCAGGCCAUCUGUAUGUUCAUGUUGAAGAUACAGCACAGGUGUUUCUGAAUGAUACAUUAAUAGGAUUUCUGGAUAAGAAGAACCAGGAAGUGAACAUUCCUCAAUCCACGGACUGUCAGAUUUUGAGGAUUCUGGUGGAGAAUGAAGGCCGAAUCAAUUUCUCAUGGAAAAUUCAGGAAGAAAAUAAAGGAAUAGUUGGAAAUGUUCGCCUCAACGAUGUUUUCCUGAAUGAUUUCACCAUUUAUUCUCUCGAGAUGAAAAUGGACUUCUUCAAUAGGCUCCGCUCUGCAACUUGGAGUCCUGCUGCAAGUAAUCCUCUGGGGCCUACUUUCUACAAGGGGGUCUUGAAGGCUGGUUCUUCUCCCAAGGACACAUUCCUGAGCCUCCCGGACUGGAAUAAUGGCUUUGUGUUCAUCAAUGGCCGUAACCUUGGACGAUAUUGGAACAUCGGACCCCAGAAGACACUUUAUCUCCCUGGUGUCUGGCUUCAUCCAGGAGAUAACGAGAUUAUACUGCUGGAGAAACUAAUGGCUGGCACAUCAAUCAAAUUUACAAAUAAACACGAUCUGUAAGAGUGUUUCUAAAAUCGUUUCUGAGGAAGAAGACAUCUUGUUGGAAUUUUUUAUAGCAAGAAAAAUGCGAAAAUGAUCUAGAAUCAAUGAGAUUUAAAUGUGCUUUAUAGUGCACCUGCAUGCUACCUAUUUUCAGACUUUAAAAGGUUUCAAAAUCAUUAAUGACAGUAUUUUCUAGUGAAGAUUUAUUGCUCAUUAUG